AUGGAUUCUUCAAAAAAAAGAAAAAUUACAAUUGUAUCCUAUUUCCAGAAAAAAAGUAGAUCUGAACCUUUAGCAGAAAACAAUGAGACGCUUACUGUAAUACCAGCUUUAGAGCAUGUGCAAGAUCAAGACAUUUCAUCAGAUAAUACAAAUUCAAGAAAUUUAAAUAUAAAAAAUUCUGAGAAUAUUUGUUUGAACAAGUUUGAUAUUGGAUUAUUUAAUCGAUCUACUACUAAGCAGUGGUUGGCAUAUUCAAAAUCUGAUAAUGGUGUUUACUGUAAAUAUUGCAUUUCAUUUGGUCCUGAAGAAGUUUGUUCUCAAAAACUUGGGAAGUUUGUUGUAACUAAAUUUGAUGAUUGGUCCCAUGCGAUUGAUAAAUUUAAUGAACAUCAAAAAAAUAAAUAUCAUUUAACUGCUGUUUCAAAGGUUGAUGGAUUUUUAUCAGUGUUUAAUAAACAACAAAAUAAUAUUGCCGUUCAACUAGACAACAACCUAAAACUAGAAAUUGAACAAAAUAGGCAAAUAUUACGUCCAAUUAUAGAGACUAUUAUAUUGUGUGGGCGUCAAGGAUUGGCAUUACGAGGUCAUAAAGAUAGUGGUCACUUUCAGGCUGAUGAACUAUAUUCUACAGAAAACGAUGGAAAUUUCAGAGCAUUCUUAAGAUAUCGUUAUAAAUGUUACACAGUUCUGGCUGACGAGACUUGUGAUAUUUCCGGUGUUGAACAAUUUAGUUUGUGUGUACGCUACUUUGAUAAAGAAACAAAAACUUUAAGAGAAGACUUUCUGAAAUUUGUUCCAGUGGUAGAUGUAAGUGGAAAAAGCUUGGCUAAAGUAUUGUUGGAUACCCUACAAAACGCUUGCAAUUUGAAACCUAUACGCAACGCAACUGGAACCUUACAAGCUGUUUGUGUAUUUUUGAGGACUCCUAAAAGACAAGAUGUUUUAGAAAAGGCUAUUGAUAAAUGUAUUGCAGAUACGAGAAAGAAAAAGCUUAAAAAAUUAUGCCCAACUAGAUGGGUUGAACGGCACGUGUUAGUAGAAGCAGUGUUAGUAUUUUUAGAACUAUACGAUGAUAUUGUAGAAUCAUUAGAAAAUAUUUCUUCAUGGAAUGACAGGGAUACAUCAUCUCAAGCCAUAAGUUUACCAUUAAGUAAAAAAUUACAAGAUGAACAUUUAGAUCUCACUGAAGCAAUAGAACUUGCAGAAAAUGUACUUUUGAAAACCUAUGAAGUUGAUAUUGAAGCUGAUAUCCAUUCAGCUUUGGGGGAAUUUUCAUUAUGGAAACAGCAAAUAAAAUCAAAACCCAUAACAAAUGUUGUAUCUGCUUUAGCCGAAUGUAACGAAAACAUAUACCCUUCAAUAUACACACUCUUAAAUAUUUUAGCUUCUUUACCAGUUACCACUGCUACUAGUGAAAGAUCAUUUUCAACACUUAGACGGUUGAAAACAUAUCUCAGGAACACAAUAACUGAAAAUAGACUGAACGGGUUAGCAUUAAUGAAUAUUCACCGUGAUGUAAAAGUAACAGUUGAAGAAGUUAUUGAAAGUAUGGCCAGAAAGAGUCGCCGCAUUAGACUGUUAUAA